CAAUGGCGUCGAAGCAGGGCCAAGCACAGCCCGGCCAGAUCGAGAUUACGGCGCUCCCCGUACCCCGUCUCCAGGAACUCAAGACGCAGCUCGACGCCGAACUCACACAUCUCUCCAACUCAUUCCAGUCGCUGCGUACCGCCCAGUCCAAAUUCAAGGAUUGUCUGACUUCCAUUUCUACCGGCCUUACAGCCUCCACGACCAACAAGCCGCUUCUCGUUCCCUUGACGUCCUCGUUAUACGUUCCCGGAAAGCUCACGGAUCACGAACAUGUGCUGGUGGAUGUAGGAACGGGUUUCUUCGUCGAGAAAGACAUUGCUGGAGCAAAGGACUUUUACGAGCGCAAGGUCAAGGAUUUGGGUGAGAGCCUAAAGGACCUGGAGGCUGUGGUGCAAGGCAAGGCGCAGAAUGUCAGGAUGGUUGAGGAAGUCAUUCGCUUGAAGGUUCUGAAUGCCCAGGAAAGCAAGGGUGAAGAUCAGGGAAGCUGAAGAGUUACAAGCGACUAAGGAAAUAUUAUGGGGAUGGACACAAACAAUUGCCGGCAAACAGCACCAGGUUCAAACAUGGGCCCAGGAAGAAAGACGGUCGCGCCUUCAAAGUACCGACCAGGACAUGAAAUAUGAGACCACAAUUCAGUCGUCAGGAUAUGGCAUGGAUUUGUAGAAUGAGAAAAGGCACGCAUUGCCUGCUCUAGAGCCGC